AUGAAAACCUCAAUCACAUUAGCUCUCUGCUUCACUGUCUCCAUUUUCAUCUCGAUCGGAGCACAUGCUAAAGUUCCCGUAGAAGAGCAAUUCCGAGUGGUAAACGAAGGAGGCUACACCGACUACAGUCCGAUCGAAUACAAUGCCGACGUACGUGGCUUUCAACCAUUCAACGACAACUUCCGUCUCUGUUUCUACAACACAACUCCAAACGCAUACACUCUUGCUCUCAGAAUCGGCAACAGAGCCCAGGAAUCAACUCUCCGGUGGGUCUGGGAAGCAAACAGAGACUCGCCGGUCAAAGAAGACGCGACGUUGACCUUCGGAGAAGACGGAAACCUCGUACUCGCCGAAGCCGAUGGUCGCCUUGUCUGGCAAACCAACACCGCUAACAGAAACGCCGUGGGGAUCAAAAUCUUGGAGAAUGGCAAUAUGGUAAUAUACGAUUCCAACGGGAUGUUCUUAUGGCAAAGCUUCGACUCUCCCACCGAUACACUUCUCGUCGGACAGUCUUUGAAAGCCAACGGAGGGAACAAGCUCGUAAGUCGGCGGUCUCCAUCGGUCGACACAAACGGACCGUACAGUCUCGUGAUGGAAGCCAGGAAGCUAGUUUUGUACUACACGACAAGCAAAACGCCGAAACCAAUCGCUUAUUAUCAAUACGAGUUCUUCACCGAGAUAACUCAACUACAGUCAAUGACGUUCCAAGCCGUGGAGGAUUCGGACACCACGUGGGGUCUACACAUGGAAGGUGUCGACUCUGGUUCUCAAUUCAACGUCUCCACGUUUCUCUCUCGGCCUAAACACAACGCGACGUUGAGUUUUCUUCGGCUAGAAUCUGAUGGAAACAUCAGGGUUUGGAGUUACAGUACCUCAGCGACUUCGACGGCUUGGGACGUAACGUACACGGCGUUUACUAACGGUGAUACUGACGGUAACGACGAGUGUAGAAUCGCUGAGCACUGUGGUGAGUUUGGUUUGUGUAAGAAAGGACAGUGUAACGCUUGCCCUAGCGACAAAGGGCUUCUUGGUUGGGACGAGGCCACUUGUAAGACUCCGAGUCUGACCAGUUGCGAUCCCAAGACGUUUCAUUAUUUCAAGAUCGAAGGAGCUGACAGUUUUAUGACUAAGUAUAACGGAGGCUCGUCGGCGACGGAGAAAGCGUGUGGGGAAAAGUGUACGAGAGAUUGUAAGUGUUUAGGGUUUUUCUACAAUAGGAAGAGUUCCAAGUGUUGGUUGGGUUAUGAGCUCAAGACAUUGACUAGAACCGGAGAUUCUUCGCUCGUUGCUUACGUCAAGGCUCCUAAUGUUGAAAAAAUCUCGGCUCUUGCCCUCUGA